AGUGCGCAUGUGUACUCUCUCACUCGAUAACCGCACUACGACCGUGAGUUAGACACGUGUUCAGCUGAGCAGCGGUCCUUACCGCCUUGCCUGAAAGGUAUGAUCGAGAUGAAGGAGGCUGUGCUGCGGCUCUGAUAGUGAUGAUCGCGACAUAGCGACGCACGAGGGCCGUGGGCGAAGGCGCGGGGUGAACGAUGCGCGCGACCGCCAUCAGCCGCACGCUAGCCCAGUGUACAAUCUAUGCGCCAGUCGAAUACUCGCGUCAGUCGAUGAGGGCGUCAGUUCGUUGUCUCGAUCUUAUCGCGUUUUUUGUACGUUGCCGCAUUUGAAUUAAGCGAAUUUAAUUUUUGGGUCUUCAUUAAGUUAAUGAGAAAAAUAUUAAAUUUUCGUUGAGCAUCAUAGUCACGCUCUAUCGUGGCGAAGCUUUUUAAAGUCGUGGAAAACAAUUUUUGAGGGAAAGUGAUUUUUUGUUGUGCGAAGCGUCGAGGAGUCGGUAUCAGGCGGGCGCGCGGCUCCUAGUGUCGUGUUGGUGGAUGGUGCGGCGAGGGCGGGCGCCGGGGCGCGGCCGGCGGCGCCGCUAGCGAAAUGUCGAUACCCCUGGGCCGGGAGACUGUGCUCCCCACACAGUGUAUGGCGCGUGCUUUGUAUGAUAACAUUGCGGAGUCUCCGGACGAGCUAGCUUUUCGAAGAGGCGACCUGCUCACCGUGCUGGAGCAGAACACCGGUGGCAGCGAGGGCUGGUGGCUGUGCUCGCUUAGAGGAAGACAGGGAAUAUGUCCGGGCAAUCGGCUGCGGAUAGUGGCGGGCGUGUUCGACUCCAGUGGAGCGACGCAGAGGCGGCGAACGAGGCCGCCUGCGCCCGUAGCCCACCAGCCACUUCCCACACAACAAUCUCCCGCGUUUACCAAAAUAGAGGAAUGUUCACACUAUGACGUGCCCCGAGCGCCGAUGCCCGUGCAACGCAUCGCGACGUACGAUUGCCCGCGACCUCUCGGCGACUGGUACGACGCGCCUCGCGCCCCGCGCCCCGCCAGUGCGGACUCCGCUUGCAGUGGGACCGGAUCCUUAGCUUCGGCCACAUCGAGUGCGUCCGCGAACUCUGCCAACUCUGGAAGCUCGGCGCACUCCGCUUCGAGCACUUACGAUGUUCCUCGGACACGUGCUCUUCCUUUGCCUUGUGACGCCGCAUUGGAAGCAUUAGAACGAUUGCAGGACGAGGCGUCCGCGGCGGUAUCGCGGCUGCUGUCGUACGUGGCGCCGAGUUGGCGGCGGCGCGGGGCGCUGCGGCCGCGCGUGCUGGACGUGCGCGUGGCGGCCGCACGCCUCCGCGCCGCGCUGCACGACCUGGCAGUCUUCGCUGACGCUACACUAGCCAAUGCACACGAUGCACAUGAUAAAGGCAUAGCGGUCAAACUCCGGCCGCUGGUGAAGGCGUUGAAAGACGCCGAGCGCAUCACUCACGAGGCGACGAGCGCGCUGGACGCGGGCGACUGGGCGGCCGAGCGGCUGGAGCGCGAUCGCGAGCCCACCGACGGGACGCUCGACGCGCUCGACCAGCUCGUCGCGUGCGCGCGCUCGCUCACCGAGGACGUGAGGCGAGCCGCUUCCUUCAUCAACGGGAACGCGUCGUUAUUGUUCAGGCGUUCCCCGGCAGUACCGGAACACGAAUGGACUGAGGAGUACGAUUACGUGAGGCUGGAGUCCCGGACAGCGGUCGGCCGCAAGCACGCUGAGAUACGAGCAGCACUGCCGGACAAACUCCAGGCCUCCUUCGAUGCGCUCGUUAGAGACGCCGAUCACGCUGGAGAGGUGAGUGCCGUAGCUGCGGCCACAAGGCUACCGCAUGACGACCGCCAGUUAGCCGCAUUCUACGCGGCACAAGUGGCCACGUACGGCGCACACCUCUCCACGGCCGUGGAAGCAUUCCUACGGACCAUUGACAUGGGUCAGCCGCCCGACGUGUUCUUGGCACACGGCAAGUUCGUCGUCCUCAGCGCUCACAGAAUUGUACACGUCGGCGACACAGUACAUAGGAGCGCCCAGCACGCCGGCUUAAAAGCGAAAGCUCUGCGGUGUUCGGAUGCGUUGUCGGACGCGCUGGCCGCGACCGUCGCCAAGACCAAGGCGGCGGCGCAGCAGUUCCCGUGCGCGAGCGCGGUCGCCGAGAUGGCGGAGGCGGCGCGCACGCUGGCGGCUCGCGCGCACGACCUGCGCCGCGUGCUGGUGCGCGCCGCCGACCCGCCCCCCGACUCCCCGCUGACGCCCGCCACCGCCGUGCCCCCCUCGGCCCCGGCCACGCCCCUCACCCCCUCCAUGGCCGCGCUACAGAUAUAGUGCACCGUGCGCUCGCGCUUGAACUGCCUCCCGAUGCCCGGUUGAACGGAGCACCUCGAGCUUGUCCCCUCUGUCGGACGAACGUUAGAAACGCUAGUUAUUUCUUCCAUGCGAGAGUCGCGGCGUCGAACGCCUGAAUUUAACGAUGUAACCAAAGAGUUUACGAAACAGGACUUCCGAUUUGAACGUAGACUGCAUUAUGAAGUUGUUAUACUGAGAGUUUCUAUUUAAUUAGAAUUAAGCGCGACGAAACGAAGGCUGCUCCCGAUGAGUUUUGCUAGACGGUAUCAGACGAGUGGAGCAUAUUUAGUGUUGCUGCUGGAUGCUCAUCUUGCCGUUGUGACUUGAGUUGUCCGUCCAGUUUUGUACGAUUUUGCAUUUUUUGCGUGUUACAAUAAAUAUCAUUGCCGAUGAUCCUAAUGCGUGUGAAUUGUUGUGAGACUUUCGUAAAAAUUAUUUUAUAAUAUUCCGAAUGUCGAUUGAGUUGGACGCUUCCAAUGCUCUCCCAAAAGGAUUUUUUUUGUAUUACUGAAAAGAACUCAUAGGCGUUUCUCAUUGGAGCCUAACACAAUUAUAGUAUUGAUUAAAAAAAAACUUCUCAGCCUUCAUUCGUUUACACAGUUAAUGUGCAAAAUUAUUGUUAGUUUCUUAUGCAUUAGGUAAAAGUACAUUAAGUACUACCGUAUACUACGAGUUAAUAUACAAAAGUCAUGCUGAUUAGCAAAAGGCAUUGUGAGAUAGACAAUACAUUUCUUUGAAGUUCCUUAAGAAAAUUAGCUUUUAGAGAAACCUUAUUCAGUUCGAACGAGAAUGUUCGUUGAUCAAUACGAAAUUAAAAAGUAACAAAAUUUUAAAGCUGGCAACAUCGAAGAUCAAAAUGAAUUAACCAGGACGAAUAAAGCCUCAAUGAAAAGAAAAGUGCUCAAUUAUUAAGAUUCACAUUCAAAUGUGACUUAAAAAUAAUUGCAUAGCUGCAAUAUUCAUGUUACAAUGUGUUUUUUUUAAUUAUUAUUUAUACGAAGCUGCAAUGUCCCGUAUGGUCUGAAAGUCAUAUAACUUGACAACUUGACUCUUGCCACUAAACGGUUACAGCUAUGUAGUACCUGACGAUAUCACUGUGACGCAUUUAGAUAAAUAAUAUGGUGCUUUUAUGUUUCAAAGACGAAUGUAUACCUAAAAAACGGCAGCGUUUUCUAUGAAACAUUUAUGAUGAUAAUAAAGUAUUUUAGUUUUAUGUUAAAUUAAGAUUUAAAAUAAUCAUUUCAGGCUCUCGGACUGUACGGGGGCAUGAUGAAAACGAUAUCAAUGUAAAAAUCAUGUUGUAUAAAGCAAUAUGUAAUAUAUAUAUACUAUGUAGUCGUAGUGAAUUAGUUAGGUUCUAGAUGAAAUUGUGUACAGCUACAUUUAAAAACGGAUUUUAAUAAUAAUAAUAAUAAUUUAAUCGUCUUGUAAAACGCAAUCAAAUAAAAUAUACAAAUUUUCAUAUCUA